AAUCGACAAACUGCGCUUUGCCCAAAACCGUCUUUAUUUUUUUAUUUUUUUCCCUGCUCACGACAUGAUUCCAAAGAAACUACCACCACUUCCACCGAUUCGUGAUCUGAUCAGGGUCUACGGCCUCUCUGCGAAUCAAAGGUUUUCUCAAAACUUCAUUCUCGACAAGAAUGUCACAGAUACCAUUGCUCAGCAUGCUAAAAUCUCAGAGAAGGAUGAUCUGGUUGUCGAGGUCGGCCCUGGUCCUGGGCUGUUAACACGAUCGAUUCUGGAUGCUGGCGCAAGGCGAGUCGUCGUCGUCGAAAAAGAUUCUCGGUUCCUGCCGCCAUUACAACAAUUAUCAGAGGCAUCGGAUCAGCGUCUGGGCAUCAUCAUGGGUGACAUGUUGCAACUGAACCAUUUCGAUAUCCUUAAAGCAGGUCUCGCCAUACCCUCUGCACCCUCUCAAAUUUCGUCCGCCAUUGAAUCGAUGCAGGAUCCGGCACAAAAUCAUAGAGAAUUCACAGGCAUGGGUAUGAACGAUCGAGAAGCAACGAUUCGACUGCUUGGCAACUUACCUUUUGGAGUUGCGUCUCCGUUACUGAUCCAAUGGCUCAAGAUGAUGGCUCUUCGGCAGGGAAUCUUCCAGAACAAUAACAAGGUCUCGAUGACGCUCAUGUUCCAGAAGGAGGUCGCAGAGGGCAUUGUGGCCCCACCGAGUCAUCACCAGAGAAGCCGGUUGUCGGUUAUGGCGCAGGCGCUGUGUGAUGUGAAGAUAGCUUACAAGGUGUCGGCGAGCGUCUUUGUCCCGAAGCCCAAGGUCGACGCGGCGGUAGUACAUUUUGAGAGAAAGGCAGAGCCUUUGGUCUCAGGAUCAUUAGAGAAACUGGAGGAUGUUGCGAGAUACUACUUCAACAAAAGGAGGAAGACGAUGGGACACAAUACGAACAGGAUGGCGAGACUUGCACCGGAAGUGAAGCUGAUUCUGGACGAAUGGAUCACUGAGGGCGGUUGGGAUAUGAAUAUGCGAACAGAGGACGUGAGCACGGAACAAUUUUGUGCGCUCGCUCGAAAGCUGGAUCGGGCGCAGUUGAAGAUUCCCCUGACAUAAAACCCCAUAAGAGGAAAAAAAUAAACCAGCCCCGUAUAAAAUUCGUCCGUUUCAUUUUACGGAGGAUUCGUCCCUGCUUGGACUUAGCUCAGGGCUGAUCAACUCUUCGCCCUCUUC